AUGUCAUUCAGACUGCCGCGUUUCACCUCGCCAUACCCCCGACAGUCAUUGAAACAACCAGAGCGCGAAGUUGCACUCCGCACAGAAUCGAUAGCGUCCUCAAGGACUACCCUCGUGUUGAAAUCAAAGGGAGAUGACAAGGCAGCAAUCGCAUACAGUAUCACCACUGAACAAGGCCAGACCGUGUAUACAGUAUCCGGUCGCAAGUAUGGAGAUCAAAAUUUCCGAGAGUUCCAUGAUGCCUCAGGACUACCUUUAUUUGAACUCCAUACGAAGACCAGGCUUGGGUUCCCCUCUGGCUGGUAUUUGACUAUGCCAGGCGGCGGUGAUGUCAAGAUAGCCGAAGGAGGACCACGACUCUCAAUGGACAAAGGGGGAAAGAAUAUGCGGUUUUCUUUUCGAAAUAUGGCUACGAACGAGGCUAAGGCUGAGGAUGAUAAGUUCAUCACUCUAGAUGUUGCGAUCGAGUCUUACGGCCAGAUUAUGGCCAAGUAUGAUAUAAAUGACGGAGAUAGGAAGAUCGCUUGGGUCUAUGAGAGCGUUCAACAUAACGAUGUUUUGGCAUUGAUGCCUAGUUCAAGGCGGAAGUCUAUUCGACCUGCUGUGGAUUUGGUGGUUGCGGCAGGUGUGGAUACAUUGCUAGUGAGUUUGAAUGUUGUUGAAUGUUGA